UGGGGGGCGGUGAUUGUGCGCGUCGCGCCGCGGUAUUGUGCGACGGCCGCUCGGGGUGCCGCGGGCUGGGCACCGCGUCCCUGGGAGGGAGGCGUUCGUUCGCGGCGGGGUGGGGGCCGGACUCUGGUUGCAGCGGCCGCCACGAGAAGGGAAGUGGACUGUGUUUGGGGAUGCGAGGACGGGAAGCGUUGAGUGGCAGGGAGGGGUUCCCCGGCGCGGAGCGGCGCGGGUAGUUGAGACGCGGUUUGCAGAGUUGAGCCCACUUCGGCAGGCCCGGGUCCCUCCCGGGAGGGGACGGGGUGUCACUCUCAGGUGCACCGUCUGACCAGAAGCCGCGGGCGUCGGCGGCCCCUGGCGAAGGGGCCUUACUUAAUGAGGGGACACUCGCGGCUGGGGCAGCCAGCCGGCUCGAGGGCGCGCGCAGGGGUUAAGUUGGAUUUACACCUCCGCCCUCUCUCUCCUCCUUCCCACCUAGUCCUCGGGCUGGACACUUUGGCCUGGGAGGAGGGGGGAGUACAAUCCGCAUUUUUAUUCCAGCCGCUCCGGAGCAGAAGUGACCCUGCUCCCACCCGGAGCUGCGUUUGCCCGAGUCCGGCCGCCCCUACCGGGCUGCGCUUCCUGGGGGAAGUUCUCAUUAAGCCUCGCUAAUUAGCAUUAUUCCUGUGGAAGGGUUAAGGUUAGACCGUCCUUUUCCUUACGGGAGGCCCACCCCCUCCUCCCCAUUCCUUGCUCCCUCCCCUCUCCCCAAGAGCACAAAAGCACAAAAAGAAAGUGUGAAGAGGCUCAGAUCAAUGGAGAAGCCACAAACCCAUUAAUUCAAAUGGAACCUUUUUUUUCCCUCUAAAACAUUGAUUUUUCUUUCUGUCUGCUCUGAGGGGAGAUGAAUAACCUCCUGAUUUCACCUGAAAUGGUGUUUGGACUCUGUGAUUUCCUCCUCUUUCUGAGAAGGAUUGUGGCUUGAAAUAGAUUCUCCCUUGAGAUAAAGCCCUACUUAUCCCAGAAUCAGCUGGCAACCCCAGCCUGCCCCCCCCCCAACUCACACACACCAAGCGGGGUGUGGGGAGAGGUGUUUGGGGGCCCUCAUGACUCUUCUGGGGAAAGCCAUCUGUGUGAUGGGACUUGGCUCCUUGUCUUGACCCCUGACACCACAGGAUUCUGGACUGAGGUGGUCUGGGGAAAAGGCCCAUUUAUGGCCCAGGCCCCAGUGGUAGUUUAGCCCCCCGGGUAGUAAAUUACCCCUUCAUUGGAAAGCCAUUAGGGUCUAAAUGUGUCCUUGAAUAAUAUCAGGCUCCUGUCUAAUCCAGGCUCAGGCUGGGCUUGCUUUGUAGAGCAGGAUUUUAAGACAGCACCUCUAGAGCUGGGCGCCACCACCCCCUUCAGCCCUUUCCUGCUGCACAGUGGGAAGCAAGCUCACUGCGUAGCCUUCCUCCCAGCUGAGAAGACACCUUUGGGGAAUUCCUCCUGCUGUGGCCGCUACCCUGGGGCUCUGUGGAGCUGGACGCCUGGGAGUUGCUCAAGAACUUUUUCUGUGUUGUCUGGGUUCCUUUCUUGAAAGGACAGCCCUGCAGGGGAUUAGCUCACAGCGGCUCCCUUCUAGGCUUCCCUUUGGCUGCAAGAUCCCUGUCUGCUGAAGCUCCUCUCUCCACCUUCACUUUAAAAAAAAAAUCCGUUAAUGGCAGGGUCCGGGGAUACCAGCGAGCCCCCUCAUGGUGAGGAAUGCUGAUGGGGAGCAGCCAGGUGCCUCUGCUUAGGAACAGAAGCCUGUUUUCCACUUGAUACACAGUGGGAAGGUGUGGGAAAUGCUCACUUUCAGCAUCCAGACGUCCAUGACAGCAGGGACAACAGAGGACCACAUGUAGAUGGGAAUAUGCUUCUGACAGACGCAGUGUGCGUGUGAGUGAGUGUGGGGAGAGAGAGCGAGAAUGCUUCAAGUGUGGUAGGUGAUUGGUUGUGUCUCAGCCCUCCCUGGCUCACAUUUCCCAGAAGAUCUGGUGCUUGCAUGGCUAGUAAGCAGAGGGGGCCUGUGAGCAGGAAGGGGCAGAAUGGUGCAGGGAGUGCUGGAAGGCUAGCCUCGGGGACCCCACACCCCCCAGGAGCUGUGGCUCAGACCACCCUCAUAGUUCGUGUGUGUGGCCCCUUCACAACAAGGAUUUGAACCUAUGUUGCUUUAGAUCCUGGGGGCUUUCUAUCUUCCAUUAAUAAGCCAUCUGAUGAGCUGAAGUGGUUAGGUUGGGGUCACAUGCGGUUCAGUACCUUCUUGGCAUGCUCAGAAGGCUGUGUGUGUAAUGCUGGCUGACAUGGAGACAAGGGGGAGCGUCGCCUUGUGUGGAAGUAUGUCCAGGGCCUGGAAGGAGCCUGUAGGUGCUCAGAAGGAGGUGCCCACCAGUGGGUUGAGAAGUGACUCCGAUUUCACUUUGGGAUGGAGCUGGGCAAUCGCCUGAGCCUGGUGUUCUUCCCAGUGGGAGCUUUGGCCUCCUGUUGAGCAAGGCUGGGGCCCAUAUAGAGAGGGGUCUCUUUCCUGCUGGGCCCAGAAACAUUCCCUGCACAUCCCUGCCCCCACCCUCCUCUGAAACACACACUCAGGGCUCCUGGUUAGGGCUUAUGGCUUACAAUUGCACUAAAUUCUCAGCAAAUCCUCCUCCUCCUUUCUCGAGCAAGCUGUAGAGAUAGAAUUACAGCUCUCAGGAAGAGCCUGGAAAAUACUGUGUGAGGCACACCCCAGGAUCCCGAGUCCUGGAGGAUGCAAAUGGCUCAACUUCAGAGGCACCAGGAACCCAGUUCCAGAGAAAUUGACCCCAGUUGUAAAAUAAUCAGGUUACUGAUAGCACCUGCCCGUAGUUACAAGCCAUGGAUACAGGCCUAUUUCCACCAUUUCCCCACUGGUCUCCCGUUUUCUCCUCCUCCUGGGCUGGGCAGUGGUUGUGCUAGUUACCCUGCACAAGAGGAAGGGCCUCAGAAGCUGGGUGGGGAGAAACUGAACCUGCCCAUGAAUUUUGGACUGAAGAUAAGAGCAGGGAGGGUCUGGUCAGCUCCUCUCUCCCUCUGCCCAGAGGCAGGGCUCCUAGGUUGGGGUGUGUCCCAGAGGCUGACUGGGUGCUACCCGUCUGCCUGCCUUACUCUUAAGUUCCCUUUUCAGAAGAGCAUUUGGCUUUGGCUCGAUUACCCUGUGACCUAUGAUGGCUUUGGUGCUGGAAUAAAUGACUGCUGGGUGGGCAAGGCCUGGGCCUCUGUCCAAGGUCAGAGGCUAGAGAAACCAAGGGUAGCUGGCCGGCUAGUCAGAUGGGGACUGGGGAGAGGGAACCCAGAAGUAACGGAUUGCACACACUUCUGUUUUGUAGAUAGAGACAGUGUUGCCCCCGGGAGUCUUGAACUCCUGGCCUUAAGCAGUUCAUUCACCUCAGCCUCCCAGAAUGCUGGCAUUACAGGUGUGAGCCAUCUCACCCCGCCCACACUUUUAUUCUCUAACAAAAGUUUUGUUGAAGUUUAUUAACAGAAAGGAAGAAAUUAGUAGCCCCAGUUCCUCUGAGAUUUCGGAAGGGGCAAGUAAGAAGUGCACUGUACCCGCCAGGUGAGCCGGUGAGCACCUGGGGUCUCUGAGCAGGUCUGAGACCUUGGCCACUCUCAAACCUGCACCAGUGCCCCCAGCACAUCCCUCGGGACUGGGUAUAUUUUCCCCCUUGGCACAGUCAUCGUUGAUAGGUUCUGAACUGUGUGUGCUGGUAACUGCCUGUGUGAUUAGCCUGCUUCUCCAGCCCUGGCUUAGGGUGUGAGUGAGGGACUGGAGCGACAGUUUGCCCAUCUGCGCCUGGGGGCUUAUGCCCGUGAACUGGGCUGUGCUGUGACAGGCGGGUUGCAGAGGGGUCUUGUGAAGUCAUCUUCUCCAGGUCAGUCCUUGAAAGUGUGAGUUUUGAAGGUGUUUGUGUAAGUCUGACCAAAACUUAUUUUUGUUUGGUGUGUUUUUGAAAAGUUAGGCUUCAGAGACUUGGUUUUUCACUUAAAAAAAAAUUGCUGGGCCGGGCGCUGUGGCUCACGCCUGUAAUCCCAGCACUUUGGGAGGCCAAGGCGGGUGGAUCACGACGUCAAGAGAUCGAGACCAUCCUGGUCAACAUGGUGAAACCCCGUCUCUACUAAAAUACAAAAAAUUAGCUGGGCAUGGUGGUGCGUGCCUGUAAUCCCAGCUACUCAGGAGGCUGAGGCAGGAGAAUUGCCUGAACCCAGGAGGUGGAGGUUGCGGUGAGCCGAGAUCGCGCCAUUGCACUCCAGCCUGGGUAACAAGAGCGAAACUCCGUCUCAAAAAAAAAUUGCCACAGCAACCAUGUGUAGCAGCUUCCAGCAUUUUGGGAGACCCAGGCAGGGAGAUCACUUGAGCUCAGGAGUUCGAGACCAGUCUCUACAAAAAAUAAAAAGUUAGCCAGGUCCUGGUGGUAUAUGCCUGUAAUCCCAGCUCCUCGGGAGGCUGAGGCGGGAGCCCGGGAGCUCAAGGCUGCAGUGAGCCAUGAUUGCACCACUGUACUCCAACCUGUGUGACAGUAAGAGCCUGUCUUUAAAAAAAGCCAAGCCAUAGCAGUCAAGGUGUCAGAAUCUUAGAACCACUUUUCACAAAACUGGGGCUCACGUGGCAGAGCCCUGGAGACUGGGGGAAAUAAAUCUCCCUAGGGAGCUGGGGAGAGAACGACCAUCAUUAGGUGAUGAGCAGUGUGUUCCACAGUUUCUCCCAACUGCACCCAGAGUUGGUUCAGAAUUUUUCCUGGUCCCUUUUCCUAGCUAACAAGGCCUGGGGUGAAGGAAGCCUGCCAUAAUUAACUAUGUCCCUAGCACAGUGCCAGCACAUAGUAGAUGCUCAAUAAGUAUGCAUCAGCUCAUUAAAGAAAGUGAGCGUGUGUGUGUGUGUGUGUGUGUGUGUGUGUGUGAGAGAGAGAGAGAGAGAGAGAGAGAAUGAAUGAAUGAAUGACUAUAUAGCCUCAUCGCCCAUGAGUUCCCUCUGGGCCUCAUCUUGAGACACUUGGUCGUUAAGGAAUCUGGUUCCUCCCAUUGAACGGAGGAAAUUUGGCGAGGUGGCCUGUGAUGUGGUGACACUGUGAUACAGGCUCUGAGCACAGACUGCCUGGGUCCACACACCAGCUGUGCUGCUGGCUUCAUGCCCCUGGGCAGUUGGGGCAGGCUGGGUGGGCCUCCCAGGUGCGGUUAUCAGAGCUGGGGCUAGGCCCGAUGUGGGUGCCUAUGCAGUAGGGCCUUGGGAGGAAAUUUCAUAAAACCCUUAGCCUGAAGCCCUGAGCCUGGGGGUACUGGAUGCUCCUUGUAAUCAGGUGAUUUUGAUGCCAGGUAAGGCACAGCCCACCUUUUCCCAGUGGGACGCAUCAAGGAAGCAAGGGGUGGAGGGGGCAUUUGGCGGAACAGUUCAGUGAUGUGAGCCGGAGAAGCGCUGGCUGUGUAUGGGGUGGCUGGCAGCUGCAGGAAGGAGACGUUUCGGGGCAGCAGGCCACCACCAGCCCGUCACCAGCCCACCAGCCUGCAUCCCGGUCUCAUGUGCCCUCCAUUCAAGAACUGUGUGCAGUGGGACCAGAGUCCUUAAUCUUCAAAUUAAUGUAGCGUCCUCAUUAAACACCAACACCACGCCAGGCAAUUCAGUGGGUUCAACAAAUCUCACUGCCUUGUGUGGUAUUCAGAGAACAUACAGGCUGGUCCCCACUGUUGGACCUAAGGUUUUCUAGGGAAAGACAGGGCAGAGAUCCACAAGACAGUGACAGCUGGAUACAGCUUGGAAUUGGGAUUGUGGCUCACAGCAGCAGUGUGGGUUCUAGGCGAGGGCCAGCUUGGUUAGGAGGGCGUGUCCAAUCUUUGGUGAUUGCACAGAUCUGGCUGUGCCUUAUGUUAGCUUGUGACCUUGGGCAAGCACCUUAACCUCGUGGAGCCUCGGUUUCCUCAUCUGUGGAGCGGGGCUGGUAAUUUUACCUACCUGAUGGGCCUGUAGUGAAGGUGAAAUGCCACAAGCCUAGGGGAGUGCUGGGUCCCUGAGAAGCUUUGCCUUCUGUUGUUACGGUUUUGAACUUGGCUGAGUGAGGCCAGAGUGUGCAAUCGGUCCCUGACGCUCCAGCCCCAUGUCUUGAGUGGAGUUCAAGAGCCUUUCUCCGAGCUGGAGACGGGCACGGAUGGCCCUGCCAGGGUUACGUGGACUGUGGGAGGGGACAUAUGGCUCCUCUGCCCCUAUGUGCCCGCCCUUGCCUAUCCACAGCGGCCUUCUCACCGCUCCUCAGACUCAGCAGCUUGUGCCCCGCUUGUUGCUACCUGUGCCUGAAACGGGCACGAGCCGCACAGACCUCACGGGUUCCCCACCUCACUCCUCUGCUCCAGUGCUUCUGACCCUCAGUGUCUUGGGCUGCCCUGGCAAACAGGUCCCUCUGCCCUCUGGCCCCACUUCUGUGUGCUUUGUGGCCCUCGUUGCUGCUGCCGACCGUCAGUGUUUUUCUGCUCAUUGUCAUCUCCCUCCUGGAGGGUGAGUGCCAGGCAGGCCAGGAGAGCUUCCCAGCACCUAGAGGGGAGCUUGGCCCAUUGCAGGUGCUCAGCAAAUACCUGUCCAAUGGAUGGAUGGGGAGUUUGGAGUAGGUGGCACUUGCAGAGGUAACUAGCAUGCCCUGGCUUUGAAGUCAUGAGCAUUUGAACAAUACCCAGGAGUGUUCCUCCGUCAGCUGUGACUUCAGGUCAAACUCUGAGCAUGGCACCCCCUGGGCAUCCAGGAAGUAGCAAGGGGCCCAUGCAAGAUGCCCUGUUCCUGGUUCCCGGAGCCUGCACGGCAGGAUCAGCUGGGAAGAUGGGGAGCCACUUGUCCCUUGCAGUCUUGCUUAGGGCUCCAAGGAACCUUCCAGCCUGCCAGCCUCUCUUCUCCAGCCCCCUCCUCUCCUUCUAUACAGUUAGCACAGGGGAGAGUUUUGUUGUCCCUUUGUACCCUUUGUGCAGAGAGAGCCUUUUGAACGUGUGUGUGUGUCCCUCUGGGUGUGUGAGUUUUCACGAAGGAGGGCUGUGGGUGGAGGUGCUUGUGUUCAUGGAGCAGGCAGCCCGUGAGAGGAAGGCAGAGCCAGUGUGUGUGCCUGUGUGUGGGGAGAGGACACCAGAGGACACGUGGGCUCUGUCCAUCCCCCGAGGCCCUGGGUGUGCCUCGUGGGGACCAUGGGCGUCACAGCCUAGCUCCUGUCCUCUGGAUUCUGCAGAGGGUCCACACUGGUGCUACACAGAAGCUAUUAAAUUCCGGGAAACUCCCUACCAGCCCAGCCAGUGGGGGAGGGAGUGGAGGCGAAUCCACACUGCUCCCUAGCACUUGGAGCAGAUGUGUCUGCCUCAGGGACAGCAACCUAAGAAAGUUCCAACCAGCGUGUGUCUGCUCACAAAAGAGGUGCCUUCGAGGGGACCCGGAGGGAGGCUUGGGGGGUGCUCUGCCAGAGGUCCUCACUGGGGGCUCACAAAGGCCAUUGUGUCUUGCUGGGGGGAGGCCAGAACUCUGGGUGUGGGAGCUGCUGGGUCAUCUUUCUUGGUUUUAUGGCCAGCUCCCAGGCACAGUUGCUUGCUGCUCCUGAAAGGCUGGGCUGGGAGGAGGUGGGGGCCCUUCCUGCUGGAGGGCUGGGUUGAAGGGGCCCCACCCCAGGGGUUCCCGGAUGACUGGCCAAGGGCUGGCUGAAGCCAGCAGCGAGGGGAGAGGAGGCCGGCGUGGUCCUCUAUAGCAGGCCAUCCGGCUGUUUGGAAGGCCCUGGCGGCCCCCCAGGCCCUUGAGCUGAACCCCUUUUGCGGUCUGGUCCGAACCCUGGCCCGCCCCGCCCCGCCCCCUUCCUUCUCUGCACUUCUGGGGCUGGCCCUUUCAGCCCUGGAAGCUGCCCAAGAGCAUAUCUUUGAAGCACAGCAAAGGAUGAGACUUCUGUGAGCAGCGAGGAUUUUGAUAUGAGCGAGUCCACAUGGAUGUCAGCUGACCCGCACCUGGCCUCCAGCCUGAGCCCCAGCCAGGACGAGAGGAUGCGGAGCCCGCAGAACCUCCACAGUCAAGAGGACGAUGACUCCUCCUCCGAGAGUGGCAGCGGCAAUGGCUCCUCCACCCUGAACCCAUCCACGUCGAGCAGCACGCAGGGCGACCCUGCCUUCCCCGAGAUGAAUGGCAAUGGUGCCGUGGCCCCCAUGGACUUCACCACGGCAGCCGAGGACCAGCCCAUCAACCUGUGUGACAAGCUCCCACCAGCCACUGCGCUCGGCACACCCUCCUACCCCUCCGACGGCUGCGGCACUGACGGGCUGCGGAGCCGUGUCAAAUACGGGGUGAAGACCACCCCUGAGUCCCCCCCUUACAGCUCUGGGAGCUACGAUUCCAUCAAGACCGAGGUCAGCGGCUGCCCCGAGGACCUGACAGUGGGCCGGGCUCCCACGGCAGAUGACGACGACGAUGACCACGAUGACCAUGAGGACAAUGACAAGAUGAACGACUCUGAAGGCAUGGACCCUGAGCGCCUUAAGGCCUUCAACAUGUUUGUGCGUCUCUUUGUGGACGAGAACCUGGACCGCAUGGUGCCCAUCUCCAAGCAACCCAAGGAGAAGAUCCAGGCCAUCAUCGAGUCGUGCAGCCGGCAGUUCCCCGAGUUCCAGGAGCGCGCCCGCAAGCGCAUCCGCACGUACCUCAAGUCCUGCCGCCGCAUGAAGAAGAACGGCAUGGAGAUGACCAGACCCACGCCACCCCACCUGACCUCGGCCAUGGCAGAAAACAUCCUGGCAGCUGCCUGUGAGAGCGAGACGAGAAAGGCAGCCAAGCGGAUGCGCCUGGAGAUCUACCAGUCCUCACAGGAUGAGCCCAUAGCCCUGGAUAAGCAGCACUCGCGGGACUCCGCAGCCAUCACCCACUCCACCUACUCACUGCCAGCCUCCUCCUACUCCCAGGACCCCGUGUACGCCAACGGCGGCCUCAACUACAGUUACCGCGGGUAUGGGGCCUUGAGCAGCAACCUACAGCCCCCAGCGUCCCUCCAAACAGGAAACCACAGUAACGGGCCCACGGACCUCAGCAUGAAAGGCGGGGCCUCGACCACCUCCACCACCCCCACGCCCACCCCCUCCAGCACCAGCACCAGCAGGCCCGUGCCCACUGCUCAGCUCAGCCCCACAGAGAUCAGCGCGGUGCGGCAGCUCAUCGCGGGCUACCGGGAGUCUGCUGCCUUCCUGCUGCGCUCUGCAGACGAACUGGAAAACCUCAUCCUACAGCAGAACUGACCCCACCGGACCUGGAGUGCACUGCCCUAGGGAAGGAGGCUGUCCCAGCCUGGACCCAGCUUCCUGCCUCGCCAGUUGGUACAUUUUGUUUGAAAGAGGUGGGAUCCAAAAGAGCUGUUUCUAGCCACACUCCAAGCACCUGAGACUUUGGGCACAAGGACACUUUUUUUUUGGAAUCUCACCACACGGGUGCUCUGACCUGCUUGGAAGAGGCCAACAGGGCAGCUCUGGAAUGGUUGGGGUCUCCCCUGACAAGGCGCUGGGGCUGCAGCUCUAUUUAGAAUCACCUUCGUGGACCCUGAUGUUAGAAUCCCACCCCCGGAUAAUUACCUUUCAAGUCUUAGGUGAGCAGAAUUGCAUAUUUAUUGAGAAAAACAAAGUGGACCCUUUCUUCCUCUCCCCUUAGUAAUUUAUUUUUCUGAAAAUGGAUUCUUUUGUGUUUGUACAGAUUGCUAGUCUGUGUCUGUCUGAUCAGAAGGAUGUAUCCCCAUACCUGACAUUCCAUAUCACUACACUGAUGUGGGCUGGGGCCAAUAGGGGCAGGGUGGGUGCCAGGCUGGCUGUUCCUCUUUGUGCCUGGCACACCCUGGGGCUGCCACCCCUUGGCCAGGCCAUCCUGUUGCAGAUCCCAGUGCUGCCACAAGGAUACCGCCAGGCACCUCCCUAGGCACCGCCAAGCAGGAAGACCUUACCCACACCCACACCCAUGGCAAAGAAGAAAGAGGCACCCCCACCCCAUUCUACAGAAGCCCCAGUCCCAUGGUCACCUGUAUUCUACCUCACACUCCAACAUGGGCUUUUUCCAGGAUGUGCCCUGAGCCUGUUCUGAACAGCUGUCAUCCCAGCUCCCCACACAAUAUGUCUGCCUGGGAGGUAAGUCCAGACUGGGUGUCCAGGAGCUGGAGCCUAGAGAGCGUCCUGUCCCUAACCGGCCACUGCAGUCCUCCCACCCUGGCCCCAGCUGCUUGGUAGGAUGGAGUGCUGGGAGGUGGCAGCUGGGUGGCAGGGCCCUUCCCCUUACACCCUGCUGCCCAGGAGCCAGGUCUGAACUUCUGUCCACAGGCCUGGGCCCCCCGGACUCCUGCCAAGAGGGGCUGCUGCUUCAGGGUGGGCCCUGGCUGUCAGGCAGCUGUGAGCUCCAGGCCGGACUACAGCUCCCAUCCCUUUGCCCCGUGUUUGGAGUAAAGGGACCAAUGGAAGUGGAGGAGCCACUUGGGUUCUCCUAAGACCAGCCCUUCUGGAGGGGCCAGUCCUGGAAGAAACCCAUAAUCCCUGGAGUGUGAAAAAGGGCAAAAAGAAAAAGCUGGCCUGGUUUCCUUCCUCCCUGAUAGGCACUUCCUCUUGCUCAGUGCAAUACCUACCAGUGCUGCUAAUCCAGGGAUUCGCCCAGACCUCAGCAGGCCCCCAGGGCCCUCCAUGCAACACUCCGUAGCCAUGACAGCAGCUCUCUGCUGCCCAGCCCCUGCCUAGAGCUGGCAGAAGCCCUCUGUUGCCUUUCCUCCCUCAGAGCAGAGAGGCCCCAGGGGAGCCAGGGCCGAGUGGAUCCUAGGAUGGCCAGAGAGAGCCACUCGCUCCCAGAACAGGCACCCCUUCCCAAACCAGCUUUUCUGCAGCCAAUUGCCUGUUGCAGCUGUGGCCACUGCCUCCCGGCACUGUGGCAGACUCCUCCCAAGGAGGGAUGGGGAGGGGGCACCAGUAAGGAUGCCCCAUCCUGCCUCAGGUCCAGACUCUGGAAGGUAGGGUGCCCACUCCGUGCUUACUUCCAGCCCCUAGAGGUUGGGGGUGGUCUUAUCUCUCAAGUGGCCUCCAACACCCCACCCAGCCACACCACCUCUGCCUUCCAUCUGACCAAUCCCAAGGCCUCUGGUCAGGGCCAGGACACCUGAGACUCACCCUUAGCACAGCACAAACUCCAGUGCCCAAGGCCUCUCCCACACUCCAGCCAGCCACACAUCCAGUCCCACCUGUUCAGUACUGCUCCCCUCAACAUUUGAAUUUGUGUAAAUAUUUAUUUUUGUGUGUGAACAAUACUACAAAGUAAUCAGUAGAUCUUUUGCAAAAUGUUACCCCAGGCAAUUUGUGAAAAUCUUAAUGUUAAAACCUGGCAGAGACAAUCGCCACCCUAGAAUUCCUGGUAUCAGUUACCCAACAUGCCACUUCUCCUCCCAGAGGCAGUACCCAAGCUAGACAUGAACCGUUUUCAUUUCUUGGCAGACAGGAGUGAGAAAGACUGGGGAAGGGGCUCCCUCCCACUUCCCACACAAGGAUGCGAUCUAAGCAUGAGCAUAAGCUACAGUCUGAAGUCAUGUUUUUCGGAGUUCAAGCUGUUGGAACUGACCACCCUCCAGCCUGCCUUAGUACUGCGGCAAGGAUGUAGGUUCAGUGUGUUUCAGAAAGGAAAGAAUAUGUCCCUGGUGAAAGUUCACGGGGCCUCUCAGGCCCCCUCCAGGACAAUGGAAACUACACCUACAGCCCCGGAGAUGGCAAGAUCGGGAGCAAGUUCCUGCAUGGAAACAGGAUUCCAUUUAGCUGGUUCAGUCAGGGGACUUGUUCUGUUUUGCUUUUGUUUUAAAAGACGCAGCUUCAACCCCUUCUCCCUACUUCUGACUUCAAGGGCACCGAGGAGCUGGUUCUGAUGAACCAGGCUUGCUGCUGUCUCAACCCUCCCCGGAGGGACUGCCUUCUCCCAAAAGGAGCUCCCAAAGCCCUGUCCCACAGCCAUUUAAAAAUCUUCUGAAGGCCUCAGGACACCAAGUAAUCAUUUGGGAUCUUAAGUUAAAAAGGAAGUGCAAGAGCAGGAUAUUCCCGUUCCAGAGUCUUCGCAGGGGGCUAAGCCCACGAGAAGGGCAGCAUCAGAGAAGUGGGCAUUGGUCUUAGUGGUGGAUCAUCAGGUAGACAAGUGACAGCGUGUGUAACCCAUCUGAAAUUCAUUUUACCGUCACCACUCUUACAAAGGACAGUUUGUUCCCAAGGACAGUGUUGACGGGGAGGGGGACAGGAAGGGAGUUAGGAGGGUUUUCGAGGAUUUCAAACAGGUGGAACCCAUCCAUCCCUAUUCCCAAGGGCCACUUACAACUCCAAGGGUGGUUACAGGAUUAACUACCAGUUCAUUUUCAAAAUGCUGCUUUGAACUCAGAGGGUUGAUACUUUUAAUUUGUAAGUUUUUGUAAAACUUUAUACAAAAUAGUAAAAGUAAAGUAUUUCACCAGAAUACCAGUUUCAAUCCGUCCAUGGUCUGAUUUUUAUAUAAUUUAGUGGUGCUUUAGAAACUUUGUUUUUGUUUCUGAGCUAAACAGCUCAACCCUUUUUCGCCUGUAUCUACCUAAGACCAAUGUGAACCUUUGUAUUUUUGCUCCUAAUUUUGGACUCAGUGAAAGUGUACUGUUUACAUGUACAGAUGCCCCCAGUCCCUGUGUGUUCUGCAAGACUCGCUCUUGAGGAGGAAGACGCACCUCACUAAGCUCAUCUGCUUAGCAAAGCCACAGACAAAAACCUCUCACUUUUUACCUACGUUUCCACCUAAAAAUAUAACAAAAAACCUAUACCACAUAGAACUCAGAUUGGCUGAAAAACACUUUCCACCUGGUAGAUGGCCCAUACGCCUCUAUUAUGUGGUCCAUUUAGGAGCAGGAGUCAGGAGAGACCUCCUGUGGUCUGCUGGUGGGCGACUGCAUAGACAGAGGAAAGGGGAAGGCAGGACUUCGCAGCAGAGCUGUGGGAUGAGUGGAGCUCUUCCCUGGGCAGCCUGGGAGUGGGAAGGUCAGAAUGACUUAAGUGGCCUUCAGGAUCAAGCCAACCAGGAUUUAGGGACAACCCAAGAGGUCUUUAGUCCUCUGGCAUAAUUUAGACAUGUUUUGGAAGAGCAUGAGUUCAAAAACUGAGAUGAGAUGUUAAGACUUUCAGUGCAGAUAGUACAAGCCAUUUCUUCAGGGUUCCUCUGGGGGCAGCUCCUUCAUGAGGUCCUACCUCCAGGGAGGGGCACAGGGCUCCAGAUAGUAAGCACUUAAGGCAAACAGUGGAUGGCACCAAGUUUGAAAGGUGACUCUUUAUGAAUCAAUGGCUUCACCUCUAAAUUAUACUUUUACAGAUAUGCACCUAUGCAACUUAACGUGGCUCUUCUAAGCAGGUGAGGACUUCCUCCUCAAUGCUCUCUAUAAAAAUUAUUUGUGUUCUAUAUAGUGAGUUUUACCAGUAAAUGUGGCUUAAUAUUUUAAUUCUUAGAAUGUGUCUUCUCUACGUGAUGCGACUAAAUUCUGUUUUGUUUGUGGAAUGACUAGCACAGGCCGUCUCCCUCUCCCCCUCACUUAACAAAAGACCAAUGAGCUGUUAAUCGAGCUGUUAUCUCCAUGGUAUUACUUGCUAAAUGCACUGAUUUCAUAAGUAUGUGGAAUCCUUUUCCUUUUGAAUCUGUAUAUCAUAUAUAAGACUGAAUCUACUUAAUAAACACUGAACAACAAACCGAA